AUGCAGUGGUACCGGUUUCUUUUCGCGCUAGCGGUGGUGUUGUUUUCGGUGGUUGUGCUCGCCGCGGAGGACUACUACAAGAUCCUGGGGCUGGACAAGUCUGCGUCGGAGAGGGAUAUCAAGCGAGCGUACCGUACGCUCAGCAAGAAAUAUCACCCUGAUAAGAAUCCCGGAGAUGACUCGGCACGCGACAAGUUCGUCGAAAUCGCGGACGCAUACGACGUGCUCUCAACCUCGUCGUUACGGAAAGUCUACGACCAAUACGGCCACGCGGGCGUCGAGCAGCAACGGAAAGGCGGUGCCGCGGGCGGGCAGCCGCAUGAUCCCUUUGAUCUAUUCUCGCGCUUUUUUGGAGGAGGUGGUCAUUUUGGACAUGCGCCGGGACAGCGUCGGGGCCCGGAUAUGGAGAUGCGAGCGACACUGCCUCUCCGUGACUUCUACAAGGGGAAUGAGAUUCGAUUCAUAAUCGAGAAACAGCAGAUCUGUGAUACGUGCGAGGGCACCGGGUCCAAAGACCACCAGGUGGAGACGUGUGAUCUGUGCAGUGGACGCGGUGUGGUGAUUAAGAAGCACAUGCUCGCGCCGGGCAUGUUCCAGCAGGUACAAAUGCAAUGCGACAGGUGUGGCGGACAAGGCAAAAAGAUCAAGAACCCCUGUCCCGUAUGCCAUGGCAGCCGAGUUGUGAGAAACGAAGUGGAGAUGGCUGCGGACAUCGAGCCCGGAAUGGACAAGGGCCAGCGGCUGGUAUUUGAGAACGAGGCAGACGAGAGCCCGGAUUGGGUUGCCGGCGACCUGAUUCUGGUUCUGGACGAGAAGGAACCACAGCUGGGAUCGUCGGACGAAGAACGCACAGACGGCACGUUCUUCCGCCGCAAGGGCAAGGAUCUGUUCUGGAAGGAGACGCUGUCUCUGCGAGAGGCGUGGAUGGGCGAGUGGUCGCGCAAUCUGACACAUCUGGAUGGGCAUGUGGUUCGCCUUGGACGCAAGCGCGGCGAGGUUGUGCAGCCGCUAUCUGUUGAGACGAUUGAUGGUGAGGGAAUGCCGCAUUACUCGGAAGGUCAUUUGCAAGACCUGGAGGCAGAAGACGAUUCCCCUGGCAAGCUUUACGUGGAGUACACGGUUGUGUUGCCUGAUGAGAUGGAGAGCGGCAUGGAGAAGGAAUUCUUUGCCCUGUGGGAGAAAUGGCGCAAGAAGAUCGGUGUCGAUCUGGCCAAGGAUAGCGGCCGGCCGGUGCCUCCGCCGGCGGAGGAGGGCAAGGACGAGCUGUGA